AUGGCAAGCGAAAACAAUACGGAUAGUCAUAUUUAUGAAACAAAUAUGAAUGUUGUGAAACGCAGAGUUGAAGAAUUCUGGAAUCGUCGUUUCAUGAGUUCCAAUUUAGUCGUUGAUAGUCCAGAAGAACCCCAAACAUCAAGACAGUCUAAAGCAAAUUCUAGUGGAAAUAUUAACACUGAAACAAAUACAGCUAAACCAAAAAAACAAACCUAUCAUAAACAACUUGAAAGUGAUGAAAUUAUAGCAGAAAAAGUGAGUUUUCAUAAGAAUCACUUGCAUCGCAAUAAAUGCGAUGAUAAAAAGCAACCUAUAGAAAUAUCCUUCAAUGAUAAUGGUGGCCCUCACAUAGAAAGUAAUUUAUCCGAAGAACAUGAUGAAGUCAUUAAAAAAUUAGAAGCUAAUAAUGAACCUACAAAUGACGUUACAUUAUCAGAAGUGUCUACUGAUAAAGUAAAAGAAACUCUAGAAGAAAAAAUAAUUAAUUUAGAACCUACAAAAUGUGGAGUAAAAGUGCAACUCCUGGAGAUAGCAUCUUCUGAAAGCCCAAAUUUAAAGAGAAAAUCAUCCGAAAAAGAUGAGAAAAUCAUAAAAAAGGCAAAAAUUAGUUCUGAACUUUUACAUGCGACAACGUCAAAUGACGUUACAUUAUCAGAAGUGUCUUCUGAUAAAGUAAAAGAAACUCUAGAAAAAAAAAAAAUUAAUUUAGAACCCACAAAAUAUGAAGUAAAAGUGCAACUCCUGGAGAUAGCAUCUUCUGAAAGCCCAAAUUUAAAGAGAAAAUCAUCCGAAAAAGAUGAGAAAAUCAUAAAAAAGGCAAAAAUUAGUUCUGAACUUUUACAUGCGACAACGUCAAAUGACGUUACAUUAUCAGAAGUGUCUUCUGAUAAAGUAAAAGAAACUCUAGAAAAAAAAAAAAUUAAUUUAGAACCCACAAAAUAUGAAGUAAAAGUGCAACUCCUGGAGAUAGCAUCUUCUGAAAGCCCAAAUUUAAAGAGAAAAUCAUCCGAAAAAGAUGAGAAAAUCAUAAAAAAGGCAAAAAUUAGUUCUGAACUUUUACAUGCGACAACGUCAAAUGACGUUACAUUAUCAGAAGUGUCUUCUGAUAAAGUAAAAGAAACUCUAGAAAAAAAAAAAAUUAAUUUAGAACCCACAAAAUAUGAAGUAAAAGAGCAACUCCUAGAGAUAGCAUCUUCUGAAAGCCCAAAUUUAAAGAGAAAAUCAUCCGAAAAAGAUGAGAAAAUCAUAAAAAAAUCUAAAGUUAGUUCUGAAGUUUCUCCUUCAAAUAUGAAUGACGUGUUGCCUGCCGUGUCCGUUGUCGAAAUUGAUGAAAUACCAGAGAAAGAAAUAGAAGUGACGCAUGAUUCGAACACAAAUGAACUAGAUCAGUAUAACGCGCCUUCGUUUAAGUCCCCUAAAUCUUGGUACACUUCGGACACAAUUAAUGAUUAUCUCAAAUUGAUAGUGAAAAGGUCCAAUGGCGAAGUUCAUGCAGUCGUUACCGACUUUAUACCAGCAUAUCUUAGAGGAGGUUAUCCAGCUGUCAGAAAAUGGAUAAAAAAAGAUAUCCAUACAUUAAAGUUCCUUUUUGUGCCAAUGAAUGUACUUGGCGGACAUUGGAUAUUGACUGUGAUAAAUGUACCCGAAAGAACUGUGACAUCAUAUGACAGUCUUAAGUCUUAUGAUGGUCCAUAUCCUAUGGUGUUGAAAGAAUAUCUAACUGACUGGGAGAUGGAUAAAAAAGGAGCAGCUUCGUCGUGGACUUUAAAAAUCGGUGAGACGACUCGUCAAACUAAUGGGUAUGACUGUGGUCCAUUUACGGUCGAACUAGCCGAAAAAAUGGCUCGAGGAGACACAACUCCUAUAAAUGCGAGUCUUAUGCCUUCUGUAAGAUUAAGACACAGAGAAGAAAUUAUAGCCGGCCAACUAUUUUUAUAA